AUGGUGGGGGUGGUGGUCGUACCGGUUGCGCGGAGACGUCCGUUGUCAUGGAUCUCCUGCUGGGUGUUGGCCAUGCACCCUGGUGCGCUGCACAGUUCUGCUGAAAUUACGCCUCCUGAGUCUUCCGCACGGUCAACGACCGAAUGGUGGCGGUCGCCUUUAACUGACCCGUCUAGCAGCGAGGAAGCAGACCCACGUAAUAACUGCCCGUGUUACGGUGAAGCUUCUUGGUUGAGUCGGUACUGGCUUCCUCUGGAGGAGGCAGACUUUGAGCGAUUGAAGCCAGUUAUCUCAUUACGGCCCAAAGACCGUCGCGUGCAGUGGAAGAAGGUGGGGAAGAAAUUCGGGGCUCGGAGCGGCGGGCUGGAUGUGCGACAAUGGUCUCUUGUCAGAGCUGACUUAAGACCCGUGUACAUUCCCGUACUGAGUGACAUGACUAAGCUUGGCAAACGCGGGUUGCUAACCGCGGGUAACGUGAUGGCGGAAAACCGGCGGCAAUUUGCGGCCUAUCGCAUGAUCCACGGGUCUUUGGAUGUGCAACAGUGGGCACGGCUGCGGUCCGUAGAUGAAAGCACUUUCGAACAGUGUGGUCUAGCUUACGUGGAGCUUGCGGGAAUAAUUUCGCUGUACUUCCAAGCGCCGUACGGGCUGGUGGACCAGUACGUCACGAACCAGGUGGCAGCUGAGAUAGUGACCACUAACUGCGGUCCGCAACUCCGCAACUGGAUUACGGGCUGUCUGUUACAACACUCGGGAGUUCCCGUCGCACGUCUGGAAGACUUUUGUCUGACUCAGCUUCACUACAAUCCACCUUGGAAUGCGAAACGGCCGAAGGCGCUGGAGUGUCUCCGGUCGCUGUCGGUGAGCGCCAAAGAGGUCUUGAACAGGGGCCAGAAAAGUAUCGAAGAUCGGCGCCAGCUGCUCAGACAGAGACUCGCGGGCUUGCCGACAGUGACGGCGGCAGAAUUCGGACGCCUCACGCAAAGGAAGCUGGACGCCAUACUAAAUCCCAAAGCCGAGCCAGAGCUGGAGCAGUUAGAGGGGACGCAGUGUGACGUAGCGCAGCCCGACGUGGCACAGCUCGACGUGGCCCAGCCCGACGUGGCCCAGCCCGACGUGGCCCAGCCCGACGUGGCACAGCCCGACGUGGCCCAGCCCGACGUGGCCCAGCCCGACGUGGCACAGCCCGACGUGGCCCAGCGUGGAGGGGCACAGCGUGGAGGGGCACAGCGUGGAGGGGUACAGUUGGAGACGACGACGAAGCCGGGCCGGGGGAAGCGCAGCUCGAUGAAGGUUAGUGAAUGGGCGGCUGAGUAUUGGGCGCCGUUGGAACGGGAGGGUUAUGACGCGUUGCGGGCGUGCUGGCAGGGACCCGUGCACCGGCGAAAGCGUUGGCGCGACUGCGGUUCGUUGGUCCCGGCCGAGAGCGAGACACGCGAGUGGACGAAGGUGAUCGGGAACGGCAGGUCACGGCCGCUGUACAUUCCGACGCUGACUGCGAUGACGCGACUAAGACAGCAGACUCCUGAGAUGUGUGGUAAAGGCGACCAGACGUGGGGCGUUCAGACGUCAGUAGAGUGUAUGUCAGAUAUGGAAGGUGACUAUGCCGCGUAUCGGUUGGUGAUGGAUUCACUGAGUGAGGCACAGUGGAAGAAGUUACGGGGCGUAGAGAUGGCGGACUUUGGGCGUUGUAACCUGGCGUUUGUGGAAUUGGGGACGAUUGUGGCAUCCUUUUUCGAAGAGCCGUACGGGCUGGUGGAUCAGUGGGCGACGAACAGCGUGGCACAGGAGCUGAACGACGGACGAAAAUCGCCGAAAAUCCGGCGGUGGAUACUAGGGUGUUUGCUACAACGCGCAGAAGCCUCGAUCGACAGUCUCGCAGAAUUAUGUGUCUACAAGCUCGACUACAAAGCCGGCCUAAAAAACUCUCGGCGUCUAGAGUGCCUCGCCAAACGCUGGCUCACUGCCCACGAGCACAACCUUCGCAAAAAAAUCGACGCCCACAAACGCCUUGCGUUAUUAAAAUUCAAGCUCAGAAACUUACCUACUGUGUCCAUCGCCGAGUACGGCGCCCUUGACCAAGGCAAAUUCGAGUUAAAGUGGGCGCCGACAUCACAGCUGCAGCAACUCAAUCUAAUUAUGGCACUGGAUAGCUGGCCCAUCUCCAACGUCGAACUCACUCAAUGGCCCACCGCUUCGACUACAGAAGAUGCGCCCAACGGCCCUCUACCUUGCGACUCCUUAGAACCACGGUCAAAGAAAACUAAGUUGACACUCCGCACCGAGGAGCACACCCCGGACGAGAACCACACAGCAGAGAACGUCCCGGCGAACAACGCAUCGGCGGCUUGUGAUCCAGGGUGUAAUCUGGCUUGGAACCAGUCGGGUCAAACUCGGGUGCAGUCCAUGCCCCGCCAGUGCAUAGCGGGCCGGUCGAUGCUGGGCCAGCCGAUGCUGGGCCAGUCCAUGCCCGGUCAUUCGAUGCCCGGUCAGUCGAUGCGCGGUCAGUCGAUGCGCGGUCAGUCGAUGCGCGGUCAGUCGAUGCCGGGCCAGUCGAUGUCCGGUCAGUUGAUGUCCGGUCAGUCGAUGCCUUGCCAGCUGAUGACCUGCCAGCCGAUGCCGGGUCAGUCUUGGGGGCCAUCUAGUGGUCCAGCGGUUUCCAUGGAAGUUGAUUUCGAGACGCUGCGGCCUCACGGCUGGAGAGAUGGUCCCAACAAAAGAUCCGUUGAGCCGCCCCAACGGCAACUUAACAAUUUGUUUGCAUCGAUGGAGGUCAAUCGUAUCGAUCGUAACGUGCCGGGAGCUGUAUUGGCCGGCAGACAUUGCGAGCCGCCGACCUGGCAGACCGAUCCACCAGCCUGA